CAAACAAGAUGUUCAAAUUAGUAAUUUCUGUCUGUGUUUUGGCGAUCGUUUCCGCCGAUGUGGCCUUUUUAAGAAACAACCAAAAUCCUCAAUUUCGCAUCUUGAGACAAGAACAAGAUAUUGACCCAUCUGGUUCUUAUAGAUGGGCUUAUGAGACUGAAAAUGGAAUUGCCGCCCAAGAACAAGGUAGUCUUCAACAAAGUCGCUCAACCCAAGAAGCCGGAAUAGCUGCUCAAGGUUCUUAUAGUUACACAUCCCCCGAAGGAGUUCCGGUUAACGUAGUUUACGUAGCCGAUGAAAACGGUUUCCAACCACAAGGAGAUAUCUUACCUACACCACCACCAAUUCCAGCUGCCAUCGCUAGGGCUUUAGAGUGGAUUAGGACUCAUCCUCAACAACCAGAACAACCAAAAUAUAAAUUCUAGGUUGAUAUUUUUUAUUGUAUA